GAGCGUCUUCCAUCAUCUUUGCUUUGUUCCACUUGGAGCUGGAAUGCUCCUGCAACUCUAUCUUCGUGUGCGCAGGGCUCUGCGCGGCCCGAAUAAUGGUGCUCUUUUUGGGGGCACUGGAGGCUCAGUAGGAUGCGCGGCAGCCGGGGACUGUGCCCACCGACACUGAGACGCUCUCACCCUAUUGUCUGACCAAGACGAUUUGCAGCUUCUGCGACUUGUGUACUAUGUCCGACCUGCUUUUUCAUCUCUCAACCGGGCGGCGUUGGGACCCAGGACGUCAUCUCAGAAGACUUGUGCCGGAAUCCAGGCUCCCGCGGAACCUUUCUAUCGUUUCAGAUCAGAACGCUACAGUAUGCGACGCGGGACGCGGGUCUGGGAAGAGUCGGAAGAUGCUGGUUGACUUACCGAAGCAGUAGAAUUUCGCUCUGCCAGGCGGUGUCAGCAGAUGCGGCCGACACUGUUUUUUGUAGCCGCGGCCAUCAGCGCAGUUCUCCGCGUCCUGAUAGAUGGUGCCCUAUGC